GUUAUACGUACUUGACUUAUGAUUGACUUACACCAAUCCUUCACUAAAUCCAUUCCCACUUUCGAUUUUCUUUGAUAUCGAGUACAACAGAGGAAUCGAUAUCGGAAUAAACACCGGAAUGGCAUCAACAGCACCUCAUCGUCCUAGAGCACGACCGGCUCAUACUCAGGGUUCGACACACUGUGCAUAUACCCCUGACGGCUCGAAGCUGGUUACCGUAGGUUCGAAUAAUACUAUCCGAUUAUACAAGACCGGCUUUGAUGGUGAACCCAUCAAUAUCGACGACUGCCAGGAACAGAAUCUGAGUGUAGACGCUUCUGAUGAGUUCUUCGUCGUUGGUUCCGAAGAUGGAACCGUCAGUCUCUACUCAAUCCCCGACGCCAACUUCGAUAAGUUCUUACUUCGAUGUUCUCUUCCGAUCCGUGACGUUGCACUUUCGCCCGACUCGAAAUGGUGUGCCGUAGCUAGCGACGAAUUGACCGUGAAACUGGUUCGAACCGACGACAACUCGAAGAUCCGUCACCUGAAGGAACAUAACAAAUCUACGAAACACCUGUCCUUCGACACUAAGGGGACUACUGUCACACUAGCUUGCACCGACGGAAUUGUAUAUGUGUAUUCUCUAACCUCUGACGAGCCGGAGCUUUUAAAAAAGAUUGACGGUGUCAUUGGCGCACUGGAUACCGAAUCCGAUACUAGUUCGAAGAUUUCGUGGCACCCGGACGGACGUGCGUUUGCAGUCCCGACCCCAACAAGAGAUAUCCAGGUUGUUUCGAAAAAUGACUGGGAGAAGCAAAGAGUAUUUGCAAAUGGCCACAAUGGAGAUGUCACUGCUUUAGCAUGGUCUCCGAAUGGUGCUAUUUUGGCCUCUGCUGGCAAAGACAAGAAGAUCCUACUAUGGGAGACCAAGACCCAGAGUGUUAUCGCCAGGCUUGACUAUGCCGAUGUCAUAGAUAUCGCAUGGCAUCCGAGGAACAAUUUAGUAUCUUUCACAAACUCAAAUGGCGAGGUCUAUAUUCAUCCCGACUUCGUACCAGAGCAAUAUGAACCAUUAUUAAAGCUCGGCAUGCAGCCGGCACCUUUCAUUCAUGACCCUUUAUCGGAGUCAACGAAUUUUAGAAGACCCCUGGAAAAUGGCAGAGACGCUCCAACUACGGUAUUGCCUCAAAGACGGAGAGCGGCUAGCUACGAUUCUCUCAUGGAUGGCCCCUUAGCAGAUGAUGAUGACUUUGUGGUGGAUGACGAUGGAGCGGGCUACGCGCUCAAUGGAAAUGGCAAGCGCGUGCAUGAUGACUAUGAUGUUUUUGGGGAACCGGUAAGCAAGCGCCCCCAUAUCGAACCAGAAUACCACGAGGCUUUCCAGCCUGGAUCAACACCGUGGCGAGGCAACCGGAAAUAUCUCUGCUUAAACCUCAUCGGGUUUGUCUGGACCGUGGAUCAAGAUGGACAUAACACUGUUACUGUGGAAUUCUAUGAUCACGAGUUCCACAGAGACUUUCAUUUCACCGAUACCUUCCUGUAUGAUAAGGCUUGCUUGACAGAAAACGGCACACUAUUCUCGUGCCCUCCAAAAGACAAUACAUCAGCAACUAUCUUCUAUCGGCCGCACGAAACGUGGACCAACCGCACGGACUGGAGGACGCAGCUACCAAAAGGGGAGGCUGUUCUUGCUAUGUCCCUGAGCGACUCCUUCAUAACAGUCACAACCUCUGCGAACUACGUCAGAGUUUAUACGCUUUUCGGCAUCCCAUACAGAGUCUAUCGACCAAAGAGCACUCCAAUGGUUACAUGCGCAAGCUGGAGGGACUAUGUCAUGACCGUCGGCAAUGGCCCUGUUGGUGCGGAUGGACAUACCAGACUCCUGUACACCAUUGAGAACGUGAAGCGGGAUGAAAUAUGUCAGAAUGAAGAUACUGUAGCGCUUCCAGAGGGCGCAACACUAAAGAGUAUAUUCUUCUCUGACAAUGGCGAUCCAUGUAUCUACGAUUCUACAGGGACACUUUUGACCUUAUUACAUUGGCGUCAGCCAUCAAGGGCAUCUUGGGUACCUCUUCUGGAUACUAAACUCCUUCCACGUCUCGCGUCGGGGCGUAAGACCGAAACGUACUUCCCCAUCGCGGUGGCCGACGAUAAAUUCCACUGUAUUAUCCUUAAGGGCGGCGACCAAUAUCCCUACUUCCCACGGCCGCUGCUCUCCGAAUUCGACUUCUCCAUCCCGCUCACCUCCGAGCCCCCCAAGUCCAAGUCUACGAACCCAGACGCCAUGGAUGACGACUCACCGGAAGACGAUGACGGAGACGAGUCUGAGACGCGCAAACUCGAACAGCAGUUCUUGCUUAAGGGUAUCGCGGCGGCGCAGCUCCAGGACCUCGUGGACUCGACGAGCGGUAGCCAUACUCAGCGGUCCAGCCUGGCUAGGCUGGAGCUCGAGAUUGAUAAGACGCUGUUACAAUUCUUGGCAGUGGAGUGUCGUGAGGGCGAGGACCGCGGCAUGCGCGCGCUAGAGCUGGUCGAGCUCAUGCGUGAUAGGACUGGUCGCAUGGUGGAGGCCGCGGGCAAGGUGGCGGAACGGUAUGGUCGCUCGAUCCUGGGCGAGAAAAUUCGCGAGGUUGGGGAGAGAAGAGUGAAUGCUAUGGAUGAUGACUACUAGUUUAUUAGAGUGCAAGCUUGGAAUUAUACGGGACUGGAGCAAGGGUCUAGUUCUUGCAAAGCAUCCGGCGUUAUGAAGGGGCUUCCCUCAUAGAUGGGAUUGUAAAACUUCUGAUGACUACCUACGAUUACCUACCUACCUAUUACGUAUCCUACCUAAUGUUCGAACUCACUGUCAAACUA